CGGAUCUUCCUCUCAGGGUGGUGCCUCUACGAGCACACCCCAGGGAAACACGUCGGGCAAGUAGAGGUUAGAGCUGCCUCUGGUCAUGCUGAAGUGGAAGAUGUCCCCUCAACACUUCAGAAGUUGGUCGAAGCUGACUCACUUGUCACCCCGCAGAUGCAUCUAGACCAAACGACGCUCUGUACGUUAGAUGUACCUGAGGCCUUAAAGGAGUGGUCAGCAAGAGACCCUCGUGAGUCUUGGGCGGCUAAGUCAAAAGGUCCUAGAGGGGAGCACUUCGUUGUGGAAGUCGGUGUAGGUGGCCGCAAGUAUGGCGCCUUUAUAGACAAUGGAUCCACGCGGAACUUCAUAAGUCGCGACUGUGUUGAAAGGCUGCGUCUAGGGGGCCGGGUGCAGCGGCUAAGUAGAUUUAUGGCUUCUACUUUAGCCAACAAUGAUUGCACGUUUGUCCAUGAUUACGUCAAGUACGUGGUCUGCACCUUCUCCUAUGGAGGAGGGGAACUUAAUCAUAAGAUUUUGUUCCUAGUUAGCGGUGACUUACCGUUCGACAUUCUGUUGGGUAUGCUCAAGCAUGUGUUGUCAGAUGCGAGAACUGUUAGACUAGCUAAGUACAAGGCUAGGAGAUUGCGGUUAGACCGGAGGUACGGUCUACACAAGUUUGUGGUGAUGUCGUUUGGUCUUUGCAAUAUGCCGGGUACAUUUCAGCACGCUGUCAAUAGGAUAUUUCACAACUACUUAGAUAAGUUUAUCUUUGUGUACCUCGACAUCCUUAUAGUUAGCAAGAUUGUUGUGAAGCAUGCAAAACACGUUGACCUUGUGCUUGGACUCCUGCGGCAGCACAAGUAUACGAUCAACUUGAAGAAAUGCGAGUCUGGUCGCACCAAGAUCUUAUACUUGGGUCAUGAGUUAUCCGCGGAAGGUGUUAAGAUGGAAGAUGCGAAGGUGGCUAGCAUUCGUGACUCGCCACGACCUCAGUCUGUGACAAAGGUCAGAUCCUUCUUGGAAAUGAUAGGCUACUACCGCAAUUUCGUAAAGAACUAUAGUACAACGGCUUCCCCCUUGACGGAUCUAGCACGCCUUGACACUCCUUGGGAAUUGACAGAUGAUUGUGAGAGGACCUUCAAGCGAUUGAAACAUGCGCUCAUGCAUCAUGAGGUCCUCAUGCUCCCUGAUCCCGCGAAGCCAUUCAUUGUAACCACUGACGCAAGCCAAUAUGGCAUUGGCGCAGUGUUGGCUCAACACGAUAGGAAAAACUUGAAGCCGAUCGAGUAUAUGAGUAAGAAGAUGCCAUCAAAGAAGUUGGCGAGAUCCACAUACGAGAGGGAACUCUUCGUCUGUACAAAGCUUUAACCCACUGGACACAUUAUCUGUUGGGCAGAUUGUUUUAUUGAGAUCUGACCACUAGACACUCAAGUGGAUAAAGACGCAACCGAUUC